AUGGCCCAGUCGGCCAAGACGGCUCUGUUCCGCAUACUGGCCUCGGAUCUCACCUCAUCGAUCAAAGCGACUCCAACCAACACCCUCCCACCAAAUGCUCUCAAUCCUACUGUCAAGGAAUUGCGCGUGCCAGAUAGCAUUCCUGUCCAAGUUCUUGAUAUUGAGGACAUAGGACGCAGUGCUUGGAGUCAAGUCGAAGCCAUUGAGGCUCAAGAACGUGGUGAGACUACAAAAGGCAGGGAGGUCAUCCGUGUUGUGCCUGGUGAGGAAGCCGACCCAGCCCGAGAUGGCACUGCUCCUAUCAUCAAAAGCAACGGUCCACACAAACUGCUUCUACAGGACGCAAAAGGAACCAAGAUAUACGGUUUUGAAAUCUCUGAUGUUGAUGGCAUCGACUUGAAUCUGGGCAUUGGCGCAAAACUUAUCUUGAAGAACAUGACGAUUGCCAGAGGUGUCAUUCUGCUUGACCCUAACAGUACUCAGCUUCUCGGCGGUAAGGUCGAUGUAUGGGACAAGGCUUGGAGAGCAGGCAGGAAGGAAUCCUUGAAAGCAAAGGUUGGUCCGAGAGAAGAAGAAGAGCUUUGA